AUGGAGGUGACGAUUUUUGACCUUGGACGCACCUACAAGCCUGCCGCAGUCGUUCUAUUGGACAGGGCUCCUCUGAAGGGUUUCACCAAAAGAGGUGCAUUUUUUUCCCCGUUCCCCGGGUUUUCUUUUUUGCGACCAAAAUCUCCCGGGCAUUCUCAAACUCAGUCGCGCACAAACGUGCUAAUCCAUGAUCGUCGCCGCCCGAAGCUAAACAAGGAUGCGUCUGAAGAUCCGGAGAAUCGCAGAUUCAGAGUUGAAACUAUGUUUUGCUUAUUUUCUCAAGCAAGAUCCAAAAGAUCAGAAGGAAUGAGCUGGAUCAAGCUUAAGGUUGUUAUCUACAAGGAAUUAUUGGUGAAAUUUAGGGGUUGCAGACUUCUUGUUUGGAAGAUUUGAAUCUUGCUGCCAUACUGAUAUUGCUUUUGGUUUUCACUCCAUCAGAAGUAUCAGGUUCUUCUUUUCUCUGUUACCUACCUGUCUGUAUUCCUAUUAUUAAUUAUAUGUUGCAAUAUAUUCAUUGAGCACUUCGAAAGUAUUUGCGUUUGAUACAUCUUUAUAAAAGUGAAUCAAAGCAACGGCAAUGCUGGAAAAGAUUGCCUUUUAACUGUUGCUAAUUCCUUUAACACUUCAAUAAAGGCCCAUCAAUGUUAGUACAAGAAAGUUGAAAUCAAUGGAAAGAAAGGGAGAAUGUUGCAUGCACUCUACAAUGAGCAUGUCUAUAAGCUAUGGCUUUGUACCUUAUGCAGGAAGGAAAAACCUUUUGUGAAUACACUUACCAUGUAGAAUAUGAGUUAGCCUAUGCAUACCAAAAUUACAAAGCUUCUCAUUUACUUUCCAUAAUUAUGCACCAACUUGUUACUUAAAGGAGAAAAGCGUGCAAUAAUUGGUUCAUUUAUUUUUCUUUGAUUCUGCUUAUCUAAAUGCUCUGUUAAGGACAUGAUAAUUAGAAAUAACUGUCCCUCUUCUGCAAAUAGAACUGGAGUUCUCAGUGUUUUUUAUUAGAAAUGUGUUUGAGCCUUUGAGGAUUAAAAUACCUUCACAAUGGUGGAUAUUUUCCGAGUUAAGUGGUAAUCUUUUUUCCUUAUGUCUUCUUUUGUUUUGCAUAUCCCUCAGAGAAAUUUUUGAUGGGCUUAGUGCCUCACAACUUCAGUGUUAUAUUUACUCUCUAGCUUUUUUAGGGAUUUCAUCUUCUCUUUAAGCAAAAGAACUGGAAAACUGGAUGGCAA